AUGUCUCAACGCAGGAAACUCCAAGGAUAUGAUUUUUACCAGACAGUACUUAAAAAUGCCAAGUAUUUUCUUGCCCCUAUGGUGGAUCAGUCCGAAUAUGCCUGGAGAAUUUUAUCUCGCCGAUAUGGCGCUCAAAUAUGUUAUACCCCUAUGAUUCAUGCAAAAAUGUUUUGUGACGAAAAAAACCGACAAUAUCAGUCCGAUGUAUGGUCAACUGGAAUAAAUGACCGUCCCUUAAUCGUACAAUUUUGUGCUAAUGAUCCAGAAACAUUGCUUAAAGCCGCCUUAAAAGUACAGGAUCAGUGUGAUGCAGUAGAUUUGAAUUUAGGAUGUCCACAACAUAUUGCUCGACGUGGCCAUUAUGGUGCUUUUUUACAAGAUGAAUGGGAUUUAAUUUAUAAACUGAUAAAUAUUCUCCAUGAAAAUCUAUCAGUACCCGUAACAGCCAAGAUAAGAGUAUUUCCUGAAGUAGAAAAAACGAUAAAGUAUGCUAAAAUGAUUGAGAGUGCAGGUGCACAACUAUUAACUGUGCACGGUCGCAUUCGCGACCAAAAAGGCCACAAUUCUGCAUUGGCAGAUUGGGAGCAAAUUAGUCAGGUCAAGAAAGCACUAAAUAUACCCGUUAUCGCCAAUGGAAAUAUCCUUUACUUUGAAGAUAUUGAACGUUGUAUUAGUAUGACAGGUGUUGAUGGGGUCAUGUCCGCAGAGGGUAAUUUAUAUAAUCCUGCCAUAUUUUCUGGUAGCAAUUUGCCAACUUGGCAAUUGGCAAGUGAAUACUUAGACAUUUGUCGAACUGUUCCGACAAAAAUUGGUUAUAUUCGUGCGCACCUUUUUAAAAUAUAUAGACCAGCUCUCCCAUUUCAUGUGGAUUUAAGAGAGCAAUUAGCCAAGGUCACUACUUUCGAAGAAAUUCGUGCGAUAUCCGAUGAGCUACAGACUGCUAGUUACGUUUAUGAUGAUGAGGUUGAAAAUGAUGAAAAUGGGUAUAAGAUAUUUCCUCAUUGGAUUUGUCAACCUCAUAUUCGGUCGCCAGUAUUAGGCAAUCCUAAUUCGAAAAAAAAGAUAGAAAAUAGCUAA